AUGACUAGCUGGCGCCUUCCCGACAUUUAUCGGGCAUCUGUCACACACAGACACCUGUGUGCUGUCAGCAGUGAAGGACAGUUCGUUAUGAAGUUGUGCAUGAUGGGCUGCCAGGUUAUUAGGGAACUCUGGUUUGUCGCCCUUAAAGAGCAGGGUGUCUCUACCAUCAAAAAGCAACUGCAACUCUUUAGGCCUGCUUGUGUUCUUGCAAAAGAUUUGCAGAAUGGAAGAAACAGUAUCAGCUUACUGCCUAAUUUUUACCUCCUGCUGAGAAGAGUGGUCUACAUCACGUCUGCCUACCACCCGAGAGAAUCUGAUGGGGGUGUACCUGCAAGGUACACCCUUGUGUUUUUGUACAGAAGAUUCUAUGAUCCCAGCAAAUGCCUACCCCCCCCCAAUAAAAUUUUGAGUGAGUACAAUGAUGUGGCAGAGGAUUUGUAG